UUAGGGGGUACUGUGUAGGAGGGGCAGGUUUAGGGGGUACUGUAGGAGAGGCAGGUUUAGGGGGUACUGUGGAGAAGAGGGGCAGGUUUAGGGGGUACUGUGGAGAAGAGGGGCAGGUUUAGGGGGCACUGUGGAGAAGAAGGGCAGGUUUAGGGGGCACUGUGGAGAAGAGGGGCAGGUUUAGGGGGCACUGUGGAGAAGAGGGGCAGGUUUAGGGGGCACUGUGGAGAAGAGGGGCAGGUUUAGGGGGCACUGUGGAGAAGGGGCAGGUUUAGGGGGCACUGUGGAGAAGAGGGGCAGGUUUAGGGGGCACUGUGGAGAAGAGGGGCAGGUUUAGGGGGCACAGUAUAGAAGAGGGGCAGCUUUGGGGUGCUGGGGCACAAUGCAUUCCGUUAGGGGGUUCCUCGCUGUGAUGAUUUUUGCCUCAGUGGCAUCCGGUUUGCCAGUCCCAGACAAGUUACUUGCCCCCCCCACACUGCACUCCUACUUGCACCAGCUGGGGGCAGGCUAUGGGUGGCGCAAUCUCACCUGCCCCAUCUGCAAAGUGUUGUUCGCUGCCCUGGAUAUCAGCCUGGAGGUAGACAGUAACAAGGAGAUGGUGGCCUCGCUGGCAGAGCGGGUGUGCAUGGCGCUGCGGCUGGCAGAGCCCAGUGUGUGCCAACAGACCAUUCAGCUCUUUAAGAAGGAUAUCAUCACGGCGUGGGUCCUGUCGGUUCUGCGCCCGUCGGAGAUCUGCGGCUUAUUGGUUGGCGCUGACUGUGGGGUGUGGGACAUUGGCUCAAACUGGAACAUUUCUUUGCCCAAUAAGCCCAAACCCCCAGUGGUUCCGCCCGUGCCCCCCACGCCUGGCUCUCCUGUGUCCAGAGUCCUUUUCCUAACGGAUCUGCACUGGGACCGGCAGUACCUGCCCGGGAGUUCUGCCAGCUGCCAGGAGCCUCUGUGCUGCCGGAUGCCCCCAGCUCAUAACCAGAGCGGGGCAGGGUACUGGGGCACCUACAGUAAGUGUGACUUACCCCUACACACCAUUGAGUCCCUGCUGCGCCAAGUCUCUGCCCAGGGGCCCUACCAGGCGGUGUAUUGGACUGGCGACAUCCCCGCCCACAACGUGUGGCAGCAAACACGCGCCGACCAACUGGACGCUCUAAGGACCCUCACUGGUCUCAUCCGCAAGUACCUGGGCGCUGUGCCCGUGUACCCGGCUGUGGGCAACCACGAGAGCACCCCCGUCAACAGCUUCCCACCUCCUUAUGUGCAAGGGAACCUGUCCUCCCAUUGGCUGUAUCACAGCAUGGCACAGGAGUGGCACCACUGGCUGCCCCAGUCUGCCCUCAGCACUCUCAGGACUGCGGGGUUCUACACUGUGCCAAUUGGCCCCCGGUUGCGCCUGGUGUCUCUGAACAUGAAUUUCUGUGAUUUGGGGAAUUUCUGGCUGCUGAUUAAUUACACCGACCCGGCGGGGCAGUUACAGUGGUUGGUGGAGGUGUUACAGGAGGCCGAAGAAAAGGGAGAGAAGGUCCAUAUCAUUGGCCACAUCCCCCCCGGGCUCUGCCUCAAAAGCUGGAGCUGGAAUUAUUAUCGGAUUGUGAACAGGUAUGAGAGCACCAUUGCUGCACAGUUUUUCGGACACACCCAUUUGGAUGAAUUUGAGAUGUUUUAUGAUGAGGAGACUCUGACGCGCCCCGUGUCUGUGGCGUUCAUUUCUCCCAGCGUUACUACCUUCAUAAACCUGAACCCAGGCUACCGCGUGUACCAGAUAGACGGCGAGUACCCAGAGAGCUCCCACAUGGUGUUGGACCACGAGACCUACAUACUGAACCUGACGGAGGCCAAUGCCCGGCCGGGCCAGGACCCCCGCUGGACCCUACUAUACCGCGCCCUCGAGACCUACGGAAUGAAAUCGGCAUUUCCAGCCGACUGGGAGCUGCUUACUCGCCGGUUCCUGCAGGAUGAGAGGUUGUUUCAGACCUUCUGGUACCUGCACCACAAGGGCCACGUGGACGAGGUGUGCCAGGAGAACUGUAAGACUACGCUGCUGUGCGCCCUCCGCUCCGGCAGGUCCUCGGACCCUGAGCUGUGUAAGGACCUGCUCCUCCCUGGGAAGCCCCUCUGGGAAAGGAAACAGUUUUGCUAAUGAACAGGAAGGAGUUUUGCCAUACUGCUCUGGGCCCCCCAGCCCUUACACUUGGGCCCCCCAGCCCUUACACUUGGGCCCCCCAGCCCUUACACUUGGGCCCCAAGCUCAGUCCUGGACCAGUGGGCACCCCCAGAACCUUUCAUCCUUGGAUCAGUUUGCUUGCUAACCUUCUAACCACUAACAGAUUCUGAUGGAGCUUAUUGGUCCCGAGAAGGUCUAAUAUCUCUCGGGGUUCCCUGUCCCUAAUGGAGCUCAUUGGCCCUCAGGGAGUCUAAUAUCUCUCGGGGUUCCCUGUCCCUAAUGGAGCUCAUUGGCCCUUAGAAGGUCUAAUCCCUUUGGGGUUCCCUGUCCCUAAUGGAGCUCAUUGGCCCUCAGGGAGUCUAAUAUCUCUCGGGGUUCCCUGUCCCUAAUGGAGCUCAUUGGCCCUGAGGGAGUCUAAUAUCUCUCGGGGUUCCCUGUUUCUGAUGGAGCUCAUUGGCCCUGAGGGAGUCUAAUAUCUCUCGGGGUUCCUGAUGGAGCUCAUUGGCCCUGAGGGAGUCUAAUAUCUCUCGGGGUUCCCUGUCCCUAAUGGAGCUCAUUGGCCCUGAGGGAGUCUAAUAUCUCUCGGGGUUCCCUGUCCCUAAUGGAGCUCAUUGGCCCUGAGGGAGUCUAAUAUCUCUCGGGGUUCCUGAUGGAGCUCAUUGGCCCUGAGGGAGUCUAAUAUCUCUCGGGGUUCCCUGUCCCUAAUGGAGCUCAUUGGCCCUGAGGGAGUCUAAUAUCUCUCGGGGUUCCUGAUGGAGCUCAUUGGCCCUGAGGGAGUCUAAUAUCUCUCGGGGUUCCCUGUCCCUAAUGGAGCUCAUUGGCCCUGAGGGAGUCUAAUAUCUCUCGGGGUUCCCUGUUUCUGAUGGAGCUCAUUGGCCCUGAGGGAGUCCAAUAUCUCUCGGGGUUCCUGAUGGAGCUCAUUGGCCCUGAGGGAGUCUAAUAUCUCUCGGGGUUCCCUGUCCCUAAUGGAGCUCAUUGGCCCUGAGGGAGUCUAAUAUCUCUCGGGGUUCCUGAUGGAGCGUAUUUGCCCCGAGGGGGCCUAAUAUCUGUUUCCCAUAAGCAAAGUGCCAAACAACCCCACCAUGUUACUAAUAUUGGCUGGGCUCAAGAUCCCAUCCACAUGCCUGUCUGCUCUGGGCCUCAAAGCUUGCACUCUAAUUACACACCCAUUGUACAGUCCUACGUGCUGUAGGCGGUGCCUUGGCCCAAUCCCAGUAUUAAUGGCCCCGUUACUUCACGGGGAGGAGCCUCUCGUGGGUUAAUAUAAUAUAUAUAUAUACAGAGAGUGAAUUACAGAUUAAUUUAGACAUUUCUUGCUUUUUUGCACAAAUGAAACUGGAAGAUUUUAGAGCAUUUUAUUGGCCGUUUCUGUUGUUUUUAUGUUGGGAGGUUUCCUCCCUCGGCCCAAUAAAACAUGGAGUUUUCCUGUG